CGGGCGAGAGAGAGAGAGAGAGAGAGAGAGAGAGAGAGAGCCGAGGCCGGCCGGCCGCGCGCUCCUCCGCCCUUUGGUCCGCGCGGUGGGCGGCCAUGGGGCUGCUGUCGCGGUGCGAGGCGGAGUUCGGCACGGCGGACCUGUACGGGGUGCUGGGCGUGCGGCGGGAGGCCUCCGACGCCGAGGUCCGCCGCGGCUACCGCAAGGCCUCCCUGCGGGUGCACCCCGACCGCGCAGGCGCCGCGCAGCGGCAGGACGCCACGAGACGCUUCCAGAUCCUCGGCCAAGUGUACGCCGUCCUCAGCGACAAGGAGCAGCGAGCCGUGUACGACGAGCAGGGCACGGUGGAUGAAGAGUCGGGGGUGCUGAGCCAGGACCGCGACUGGGCCGCGUAUUGGAGGCUGCUUUUUAAGAAGAUAACUAUAGAAGACAUUGAGGCCUUUGAAGAGAAAUACAAAGGAUCUGAGGAAGAGCUGACUGACAUUAAACAAGCCUACCUGGACUUCAAAGGGGAUAUGAAUCAAAUUAUGGAGUCUGUGUUGUGUGUUCAAUACACGGAUGAGCCCAGAAUCAGGAAGAUUAUACAACAGGCUGUUGACUCGGGAGAAGUCCCAGCUUUUAAUGCUUUCAUCAAGGAGUCAAAGCAGAAGACUCAUGCAAGGAAAAGAAGGGCUCAGGCAGAAGCUAAAGAGGCAGAAAAAUGCAGAGAGGAGUUGGGGCUCGGUGGAGAGGUAGACGACCUGAAAGCAUUGAUUCAGAGCAGACAAACCAAUCGGAAAAAAGAGAUGGAUGAUCUUCUGGCUCACAUGGAGGCAAAAUACUGCAGCUCUUCCAAAAAGGGAGGGAAGAAGACAACCGCCAAGACGGGAAAGAAAUAACAAAACCCAGUGGAUGCUCUGGUCGGGCCUGAAUGGACGUAGCGGAAAUUAAAGGCAUUUGUCCAAAUCUGGGUUUGCAAAUACCUGCUGAGACUUUCUGAUUUUUAUCCAGGGUGACUGAUUAUCCAGGUACUUGCUCCACUCUGCACUUCUCUGGGCCUGUGUGGACUGCUUGAGUCUUUUCUUCGAAUGGGGGGGGACUUCUUCAAUUCCGAGUAUUUUUGGAAGAGAGUUCAGACAUGCUAAGAUGGCGUUAGGGAAUGACAGUUCUUCAAAAACUAAAUAACUGCCUCCCGAAGGAUGAUCUCGUUGCCUUUUUGUUCUCAUUUUACCAUACAACUCAGAUUGCAACUUUGGGGACGAGAAGCCAACUACUUAGCACUUAAUGUAGAAAGUAGAUGUGGACAGCCAAAAGAUACCAACUCAGCCGUGUUACUCAGUUAAUGAAGAGUUUUUGUUUUUCUGAGGCUUCCUUGCCAUUUUUUAUUCACUUUCAGCGGGUGCCCCCUAUUCUUUAGUGUGGUUUUUGAAGCCAACCCUUUUAGAGGUAGGUGUUUACAUUCACGUUUUGUAAGGACACAUUUGUCUAAUACUGAUUAAAGUCAUUCAUUUUGCUUGCG